UUGUCGAGUGGGGGGACUGAUCUGACUUGGGGAAAGCUUUUGAAAUAUUGGGAUAAACAAAUUCUAAAUGCAUGAAUUUGUCUUGCUCGGUAUUUUGUCCACCUGCCAGCCUCGCGUGAAUGACGCCAGAAACGCAUCUAAAUCGAUAGAAGAGCCCCAGUAGAGUGUAAGCUGCCUGGUCCCUCCCCACAGGACCCCUCCUGGACCCCCAGCCAUGAACAAGCAGCCCAGUAAAGAGAGUCUGAAGGACAAGGUAAAGGGGAUAUUUGGUUUGGGAUCCCCUCGACCCCCCAGCAAGCAGACAGAGAGCAAGCCCUCAGAGUUCAUCAUCACACUGGAUAUACUCAAGGAGCUGCACCCUGACUGUGGCAUUAGCAACAGAAUCCGGGUUGCUAACCAUGUCUCUGACCUGGCCAAGGCCAAGAAGUUUGAGGAGCAUGCAGUGGAAGCCGUAUGGAAGGCGGUGGAGGACAUGCUGACUCCAGAACAGCCACCUGAAGCUAGACAUGCGGUCCUGCUGCUCCUCAGAGCUGUCAUACAGGGACAGGGUGAGCGUCUGGGUCCUCUGCGGGCCUUCUUCUUCAAGGUGAUCAGAGACUACCAGCCGUCCAAUGAGGACCUGUCUGACAGGCUGGAGGUGUUCAAGGCCCUGACGGAGAACGGGAAGGACAUCACGUACCUGGAGGAGGACAUAGCUGGGUUUGUCCUGCUGUGGAUGGACAUUGGUCUGACCGCUGACUUCCUCCACGUCCUGGUCAACCUGGUCAAGUUCAACAGCUGCUACCUCGACCAGAACGUAUCCGUCAUGGUCCAGAAGAUCUGUCUGCUGUGUAACCGGACAACAGCCUCUACAGACAUUGAGAUGGCUCUACAGGUGCUGGAUGCGGUGGUGUGUUAUAACUGCCUCCCCUCUGACUCCCUCACCGUCUUCAUCAUCACUCUCUGUCGCACCGUCAACGUCAAGGAGUUCUGUGAGUCCUGCUGGAAGUUGAUGAGGAAGGUGUUGGGGACUCAUCUGGGCCAUAGUGCCAUAUACACCAUGUGCCGUAUCAUGGAGGAGAGGGCGUAUAUGGAGGAUUCUCCAUUGCUGAGAGGAGCAGUGUUCUUUGUAGGGAUGGCUCUAUGGGGGGCGCACCGUCUCCCAGCCUUAAAGAACACCCCUACCCUGGUCCUCCCAUCAUUCUAUAAGGCGAUGUGGUGUGCCAACGAGAUGGUGUCGUAUGAGAUCGUUUUGUCCAUCACCAGACUGAUAAAGAAGUAUGGCAAGGAACUCCAGGUGGUCACAUGGGACAUACUGCUGGGGAUCAUAGAGAGGUUACUACAUCAGAUUCAGUCGAUAGGCAGUGCAGAGCUGAAGUCCAUAGUGUUUGAGUUGCUGACUACAGUGGAGGAGCUCUAUGAGCAGAACGGCUUCCAUGGAUCAUCUGACAAGUUCUUCAGUCUGGUGGAGAAGUGUGCUGAUAAAAGACCUGAUGCGUCGGUGCUGACUCUGAUAUCGUACCGGGCCCAGUCCAUACAGCCAGCUAAAGACGGGUGGAUCCAGAGCCUACACCGCCUUAUGGAGAAGUUCUUUAGGAAUGAGAGUCGUAGUGUGAUCAGGAUCAAAGUGCUUCACAUCCUCUCCUUUGUCCUCAGCACCAACCGCCAGCUCUAUGAGGAGGAGCUGAUCGAGGUGGUGGUGGUUCCUCAGCUCAGUGGGAUAGCAGAGGACAGAGACCUGGCUGUGAGGAGACAGGCUACCCAGCUACUGGUGGACCUGGCUGAGAGCUGUAGUACACACCACUUCACCAGCCUCCUGGACAUCAUUCAGAGGGUGGCGAGUCGUUCGCUGGUGUGCCCAGGGCCCCUGGAGGUGUCGGAGAGAGACCCCACGGCAGAAUCCCCCAUGGAGGAUGUCAGGACGGCUAUACGAGGCCUACUGGAGAUACUGCAGAGUAAGCUGUACAGCCUGCCAGCCAGCCACGCUAGUCGAGUGUACGAGCUGCUGAUCGGACACCUGCAGCUGCACUACAAGAGCAAGUACAGCUCCGCUGUGGCCUGCAGCAUACGACUACAGGUGUUUGACUUCCUCCUGAUGAUGAGAACUGACUCCCUCCAUCGUCUGGGGUUCCUCAGUAAAGACGGGGUUCUGAGGUUCAGUCCGUACUGCCACUGUGACAUGGGGGAGCCAGAGAAACGAGGGAGUGAGAAGAAGCCUGCAGGCUCAGUGUCUCCCCCUGCUGGCAGUCCUGCCCCCUCCUCCUCCUCCACCACCACUACUCCCUCCUCCUCCUCCACCACCACUACUCCCUCCUCCUCCAUCCGUACAGCCUGCCUGCCCUACUCACCUGCCUUUAAUGUGCUGCUACAGUGCCUGAAGAUGGUACCUACACACACACACACACCUACCUAUCUACAGUGAAA